AUGGCAGAUUUUCCUGGUUUCAUUGUGGCUCCUCACCUCGCCGAAUACAAUAUCCCUCUGCCCGAAUUCGCCGCGUCGAAACCACAUCUAACAGAUUUUGUCGUCGGGGGACUGGUAUAUUCUCAAUCCCUCGAAAAAGACAAUGAUGCCACCGCAUCGACGAGCGAAAAGCCUGUUACGCGCGUUCUGCUCCUCCAACGCGCUGCCACUGACUCCUAUCCCGGUUACUGGGAAGGACCAGGAGGGAUGUGCGAGCGCACCGAUGCAACACUGCUAGCCGGUGUAGCGCGCGAAGUCUUCGAGGAGACCGGGCUCCACGUUUCCAAAUUUGUUGAUUUGAUUGCGAUUGACGAAUGGGUGCGGAUUUUGCGGAAUGAUUUGCACCGUGUAGCCAAGUUCACCUUUUUGGUUGAGGUGCAUGAGGCGAGUAAGAAGGCUGGUGUGCCGUCUGAGGAUGUAGUGGUGGGAGUUGCGCCGGAGCGCUGGGAGGAUGGGGUGAAGUUGGAGCAGGCAGAGCAUCAGGCGUUUCAGUGGGCGACGGAGGAGGAGGUGCGUGAGAGUCUAGAAUCAAAGGGCAAGUAUGAGAUCCUGAAAGAUCAGGGUAGGAAUCUGUUGAAGGGGUUUCAAUUGCUGAGGAGGAUUACAUCGGUUGAGGGGUGUGAGGAUGAUACUGUGAAGGCAAGGGCUGCCUGA